UUUUGCUUGCUUUGUUUAUUCUUGGUUUUAUCUUUUUGGUAGAUGAACUAACUCGGGCGGAUACUACAAGGCUGCAUUUAUUUUACAGCACAAUUUUAGUCAAUUAUAUAUGUCCAUUCACUGGUUACCAAGAAACUUGCAUAGACAAUUACAUCAUUCAUUUGAUCCGGUUUUGUCACUUUUACUUGGUCUAGAAGAAGUUUAAAUACAAUAGAAUGGUUGGUUUGAAAAUCUGAGUGGAGGGAGAUGAAAGAUUAGUUCUGAUUUAGGUGAAAAUCCUACUAGUAUAGAAUCUGUUCUGUUCUUAUCCUGACCAUCAGGGCAGGUCACUUCUUCAGAAUUUAAUUACUGGGAUAGAAAGAUCAUGGUUCAUAGUAUAAAAUUUUGAAGUGUAUUCCAACAUAAGGAUUGCGCAGUUGAGAAGACUCGUGCAUUUGUAGUUGGAUUCUUGGGUAGAACUAGACUUUCAUGGAAUAUCUUGUUUAGGUGAGAAGAAUCAAAUGAGUUGGGAUUUUUGUGAUGCAACACAAGAAAAAUCUCAUUGUUAAUUUAAGCCCCUGAUUGUUUUAUAGUAGUAACAAGAAUCAGAUUUUGGACCUGAAAACAAAGGUUAGGUACCAUUUUGAAGCGCUUCUUCAUACCCGUAGGUUUUGAUUGGUUCUCCACAUUACCCCUGUUCAUUAAUUGUGCUAACUUUGGUUGAGGAAAGAUGGUUGGAAGUAUUGAAGUGGCGAAUCAUAGGGUGCAUUUGAAUGGUGCAAUACAGCAUCAAAAUGGUUUUGAAGAGAAGCUUGAUGAGCUUCGACGAUUGUUGGGCAAGGCUGAUGGUGAUUUGUUGAGGAUUGUUGGCGUUGGAGCAGGUGCAUGGGGUAGUGUUUUUGCAGCUUUGCUCCAAGAUAGCUAUGGCCAGUUCAGAGAUAAGGUUCAGAUCAGGAUAUGGAGAAGGCCAGGAAGGGCAGUUGAUAGAGCCACAGCAGAGCGUUUAUUCGAGGUAAUCAACUCAAGGGAGGAUGUAUUAAGGAGGUUGAUCAGGCGAUGCGCAUAUUUGAAGUAUGUUGAGGCAAGAUUGGGUGAUCGCACACUGUAUGCUGAUGAGAUUCUAAAAGAUGGCUUCUGCUUGAACAUGAUUGACACACCACUCUGUCCUUUGAAGGUUGUCACUAACUUGCAGGAGGCUGUUUGGGAUGCCGACAUUGUGGUGAAUGGAUUGCCUUCUACAGAAACACAGGAAGUGUUUGUGGAAAUCAGCAGGUACUGGAAAGAAAGAAUAACGAAGCCGAUUAUUAUUUCUUUGGCUAAGGGUAUAGAGGCUGAACUGGAUCCUGUUCCUCGUAUAAUAACCCCUACGCAGAUGAUCAUUCGUGCAAGUGGAGUACCAAUAGAGAACAUUCUCUAUCUUGGUGGACCAAACAUUGCCUCAGAGAUUUAUGACAAGGAAUAUGCUAAUGCUCGAAUUUGUGGCGCUGAAAAAUGGAGAAUACCACUCGCAAAGUUCUUGAGGCAGCCUUACUUCAUUGUAUGGGACAACAGUGACCUUGUCACACAUGAAGUUAUGGGCGGCUUGAAGAAUGUUUAUGCUAUAGGUGCAGGAAUGAUUGCAGCACUAACUAAUGAAAGUGCUACCAGCAAGUCAGUAUAUUUCGCACAUUGUACUUCAGAAAUGAUUUUCAUCACCCAUUUAUUGACGGAAGAACCAGAGAAGCUUGCAGGCCCUUUACUCGCCGACACUUACGUAACCUUGUUGAAGGGGCGCAAUGCCUGGUAUGGUCAGAUGAUAGCCAAGGGAGAAUUAAGCCUGGAUAUGGGGGAUAGCAUCAGCGGCAAAGGGACAAUUCAGGGGGUCUCUGCUGUGGGGGCAUUUUAUGAACUUCUAAGUCAGUCUAGUCUAAGUGUAUUGCAUCCUGAGGAUAACAAGCCUGUUGCGCCAGUCGAGCUCUGCCCCAUCUUGAAGACACUGUACAAAAUACUAAUAACAAGAGAACAAGGAGUACGGGCCAUUCUUCAGGCACUAAGGGAUGAAAAUCUGAAUGAUCCCCGGGACAGAAUAGAGAUUGCACAAACUCAUGCUUUCUACAGGCCUUCGCUUCUUGGGCAGCCUUGAUCUGCAGGGCGACAAAUUAAAGAGUGACUAAAGUUGAAUAAGUGUAUAAAUUGCUUCGGAUGGCAUUUAGAAUAUUGUCAAUGUGACCUCUUCUUUUGAACUUAUUUUUUACUCUGGAGUCAAAUGCAGCAACAUGCACAAUGCAAUUUGCAGUGAAAUACUUCUUAAUCAGCAAAUUCCAUACUGAGAUUUCCUAGAUGCAUACAGAACUCUGCAGAAAGCCAUAGCUUCCAGGUUCUAUUUUUAGAUUCUAUGAACUGUUACUUCUGGAUGCUGAUGAUUAUCCCAAAUCCACACACAUAUUGCAAAGGCAAUCACACUUUUCAGCCCCUAGCCA